GCCACCUCCGACGGUUCGACCUCACGCGGACACGGUUCUCGAAGAAGACACUCAGUCUCUUCGUUUCCUACUGUCCCAGAUCAUUUAAUCGGGGACGCUAUGACGGAUGAAGAAUUCAACCAGAUUUAUUCUAGUAGAGGAGACGCGAAUCUCCCCACUUUUGAUAGUCUAUUCGAGGAUGUUGAUGAAGCAGGACUGGAUAAUCUUGACGGGGACGAUGAGCCUACACCGCAAAGCAACGACGUCGACGUGGAGGCAGGUGAUCCCGCGACCUCUCGAGGUCCGGACAAAGAUGUGUUUAAGGAAUAUCAAGGGUUAUACGGUACUGUACAAGAAGAAACAGCACCACCUCUGCCCCCGAAAUCAAAAAAAGGUUUUGCUGGCAUAGUCGGUGGCCUUCUUGCAAAGAAAGGGAAACGUGCCCAGUUUUCGACGAGUUCAAGUGGUACAACAGUAAGCUCGCACAACGAACUUGCUAUGUACCAGGGUGUGCCAUGCGAUUACGAUGNACAAGUGUUGUCCGUCCCAGUAUCAACCGUAGCAGUUGAACGAGAAUUCAGUGCUGGCGGCAACAUUCUAACCGACUACCGAAGUUGUCUUAACGCUGAAUCUCUUGAAACACUGGUUUGCAACCAAGAUUGGCUCUUGGCAAGACGUCGGGCUCAAGAGUCAUCGUACCAACUCGAAUCGGAGCAUUACAUGAAUGCAACCACAGAUGGAAGUCCGAGUUCUGAAGAAUAAGUUAUAAAUUUUUUUUAUGUUA